AUGAAUGGGUUAAUCAUUGUUUAUUGAUCCAUUAAAACUUUGACUCUAAUCUUAUUUCUACUCCGUAUAGUAGUACAAUCCCCAAAUCUCCUCUCUUUCCUUUUCCCAGUAAGAUUUGAAUUGGGUAUUUAUACCCUCCAUCUUAACUUCUCUACUCGUCAUUUUUCUCUUUUGGAAAUCAACUCAGACUCCCGAGAAUUGAAAUAUUUAGAACACAGACACUCUUCCAUAUUUCCAUUAGAAACAUCACAGUUUAUAAGUAUUGGAUUCUGAGGUUCUAAACAUAUAAUAGCUGUAGAUUAUGGAGAAUUCAAUGUCUGAGCGGAGUUUAUUCAUAGAAAGCGAUGAGGAGGAAGACGAGAGAGGCGAAUAUGGAGUUGGAGAUAGAAACGGAUCUGACUUCUCCAAUUACUCCAAUGAGAAUGAGAACGAGAACGAUCAGCAGCAGAGUAAACCUAAUUCAUACAGCAACAAUGUAUGGCCUCAAAGUUACAGGCAAUCUAUUGAUAUGUAUAGUAGUCUACACUCUCCAAGUAUAAACUUUCUUGGGACACCCUCAUUAUCACGGUUAGGCAGCUCGUUUCUUUCCUCGACGCUUACAAGGAGACACACUCCCGAGAUUUUGCCCACACUGCAUAAACCACUCUUACCGCCACAAGAAGAGGACAAACAAAGACGAAGUUCCCAAGCUUUACUUCCUCCUAUACCCUCAAGGUCCUCUGUGGUAAAGAAAGUUACCCAUGAUGGGAAAUCCUCUACAUUCACACCUGAAGCUCCCAUGCCUCAGAAGAGCUCCUUUGGCCAAACUGUGGUAAAUGGCAUUAAUGUUUUAUGUGGAGUAGGGAUCCUUUCAACUCCUUAUGCUGUUAGACAGGGUGGAUGGAUUGGGCUUUCUAUAUUGUUUUUCUAUGCUGUUCUUUCUUUCUACACCGGGAUUCUUCUGCGUCACUGUUUAGACAGCCAACCAGGUCUUGAGACCUAUCCCGACAUUGGGCAGGCUGCAUUUGGUUCAGCUGGACGGGUUCUCAUUUCUAUUAUUUUAUAUGCAGAAUUAUAUGCAUGUUGUAUUGAGUAUAUUAUUUUGGAAGCCGAUAACCUGUCAUCUCUAUUUCCAAAUGCGCAUUUGAGUUUGGGAGGAUUACAUUUAGAUGCACACCAUCUUUUUGCACUUAUUGCAACCCUGGCUGUUCUUCCUACAACCUGGCUGCGUGACCUCAGUGUUCUUAGUUAUUUAUCAGCUGGAGGAGUUAUUGCAUCUCUAAUGGUUGUUGCUUCCUUGUAUUGGGUUGGUUUGGUCAAUCACGUUGGAUUCGAAAGCAAAGAGACCACAUUGAAUCUGUCCACUCUUCCGGUGGCAGUUGGUCUCUAUGGUUAUUGUUACUCGGGUCAUGCCGUGUUUCCCAACAUAUACUCAUCAAUGCAGAAACGUAACCAAUUCCCUGCAGUCCUCCUAACCAGCUUUGGGAUAGUGACUUUGCUGUAUGGUGGAACGGCUGUGAUGGGAUAUAAGAUGUUUGGAGAUUCUGCACAGUCACAGUUCACUCUAAAUAUGCCAAAAGAUUUAAUCGCCUCCAAAAUUGCAGUGUGGACAACGGUUGUCAAUCCACUCACAAAGUAUGCAUUAACGGUUGCUCCAGUGGCAUUGAGUCUUGAAGAAUUGAUACCCUCCUCGGGCAAAGUCAAGUCUCGGAUCUAUUCAAUCUUCAUCAGGACAGCUUUGGUUAUAUCCUCCUUAAUUUUUGGUCUCUUGAUACCUUUCUUUGGUCUCGUUAUGUCAUUCAUCGGAUCAUUCCUCACGAUGCUAGUUACACUAAUACUUCCCUGUGCAUGUUAUCUGAGUAUACUGAGGGGGAAAUUAAGCUACAUCCAGGGAGGAGCUUGUGUACUGGUGAUGGUAGCAGGUGUGAUAUCAUCAGCUUUUGGAACAUAUUCAGCCAUUUCUCAGAUUGCUCAGAAUCUCUCUGGUUAAGCAAUCGGGGAUAUACCUUUUUACUUCAAUUACUUGUAUUCAUUCUUCCACAGCACUCAUUCUAUAAUACACCUUUAUAAUUUUUUAAUUAAUUUAUUACUUUUUCUUUCUUUGUGAGUAAUUGAUUAAUUAAUUACUUUUGUAUUUUACAGUCUAAUUCAACUUUUCCAAAUAAAAAAAGUACCCGGAGUACAAAAUUAGAACAUUUAUAUCAAAUAGAGGCAUUCAAAUAAACUGUUCAAAUGCAUGAUGCAAUAUAAUCUUAGUUUUAUUAAUAAACUACUAAACAACCCCAAGGGUUGUUAUAAAACAUUAAAAUGUCCACCCUAUCAUAGGUAGGCACCUUCCUCUAAUCUCAAAUUACUCACUUCCAAAAUGAGCACUCAAUCCAAU